AACUAAAUUGACAGCAGUUAAGGGGUUAGAAACUUUUACAUAGUUUCAACAAAUUAAUACAUUCUCUUUUUAAUUUUAAUCCUAAAUAUAUUGAAAUAAAUAACGUACUAUUUCUGAAAAAGCACAAUAUGCUGAACGAUAUGCCAAAAAGAUUAUUAAGAAGUUCUGAAAGUACAGAGGUCGAUGUACGUGAAGAUGAGGAACAAACCACUAAAUUUCAAGAAAUUAUUGAUUUACUUGUCGCUGCAGGUUACUUUAGAGCACGAAUAAAAGGUUUAUCAAAUUUUGAUAAGGUUGUCGGUGGUAUGACCUGGUGCAUAGAAUCAUGCAAUUUUGAUGUAGAUGUAGAUUUACUUUUUCAAGAGAAUCUUACAAUUGGUCAAAAAAUUUCCUUGACAGAGAAAAUUGUAAUUAUGCUCCCCAAAAUGAACUGUCCAUAUCGAAUAGAACCACAUCAGAUACAAGGUCUAGACUGUAUUCAUAUAUUCCCAGUUAUUCAGUGGCUAGUAAAGCGUUCUAUGGAAAUGCGACAGGAAAUGGCAGAUUUUGUGAGAGCUUUUGCAUUGAAUCAAUUUCAUAAAAAACAUACUUUUAGUGAAGAUUCCGAGAUUGGAGCAACAGCUAAUGACAACAUUAUUAAAAAUUUACGUUCAGUUAAGAAAGCUUAUGAACCACGGCGUUUAUUUAAACAAAAAGAGGAUUUCAUAAAAGAUGAAUCAAAUAGGUUUAUUGGUACAGUAUUAGAAUAUGAAGCACCAUUUGAGGCUGUUAAAAAUACAACAACAAUAACGGAAUCUAAAAGCAAUGAUUCAAAGAAUGAGUCAAGUAAUGAAAAAAAUGAAAAGAACACUACAGAACAGAUUGCCGCUGCUCUAUCAAUCAUAGAAGAAAAUUCGAUGCGUUUAAAUGUAAGUACACUUGGAAAUAUUGUUGGUAUACAAGCGCAAGAAAUUGCUAAAGUGGCAGAAAAAUAUGCAACCAUGGCUACUUCUAAAAUAGAGGAGGGUGAUGCAACAGAUUCGUCGCGCGCUCUAAUUGCAUUACAGAAACAAAAAACAACAUUACAAUCUAGAGUACGCAAGUUAACGAAAGAGAGAGAUAGUUUAUCUGAUAAACUUACUGAAAUAGUAGAAAAGGUGAAAGAAUAUCGUGCAAGAAGAGAAACCAUUGAACGCUCGUUUAAAAAAAUUCACGAAAUUGGAAUUAAUGACAAUGAUAGUACUUUCAAACAAUUAGAGGAACUUCUAUCUGUACAUGAAGGAUUAAAAGAACAAGAACAUAAUUUUCGAGAACAAUGUAAGUCUGACUUGAAUAUUCUUCGAGAUAUGUUACAAGAGAUUGAAAACGGUGCUCCGAUGGAAGAGGAAGAUCGUGUUAAAGAAUAUGAAGAGCAAAAGGAAAUUAUAACACGAGGGCGAUUGCAAUUGGCUAAAAAGAAUAGAAUUAUUGCAUCUUUAACGAGACAAUUGGACGAUGUUCCAGGACGUUCUGAAUUAACACAGUAUCAACGACGUUUUAUGGAACUUUAUAAUCAAGUUUCAGCUAAGCAUAAAGAAACUAAACAAUAUUAUACGUUAUACAACACCCUCGAUGAUACAAAAUUAUAUAUAAGUAAGGAAUUGUCGUUGCUAAAUUCUAUUCAAGAUAACUAUAAUGAAGCUAUGUCAUCAACAAGUGGCAAGGAACAGUUCCUCAAACAAUUUGAAACAAUUGUUGCAGGCGUGAAACGCAACAAAGCGAUGGUGGAGAAACGAUGCACCGACGAAAAAGGAAGGCGAGAUACGCUUAGUCGACAACUCGUCACUCUUGUAGAACAGCAACGCAAAUAUGUUACGGCAGUUAGACAGCUUACUAUUGAAUGUCGAAAAAAUGAAGCUUUAUUAGCUCAACUUCGUGGUCCAUAAAUUUCUCUUCGCAAAU